AGAUAUGCAUUCUAUUGGAUAUGUACACCGUGACUUACGAUGGCCAAAUGUUCUUCGGCAGGUAGAUGGAAAAUGGUUAGUUAUUGAUUUGGAACAUGGAGGAAGGUUAGAUGUAGCUCCAGGAUUUGGUCCUUUGAGUAAUUGGCCACCUCAAGCAACAGAAAAUAAUGAAUAUAGACAAGAAUACGAUGUAUACCAAGUGGGAAAGAUGAUGGCAGAUUGUAUAUUUAUGAAAUCAGAUUUGUGUAAAGAUUUGCAGAAAAGGCUUCUUGAAGCACCACAAAUAUCUUUAACAGCUGUUGAAGCUCUCAAAGAUAAAUG